AUGGCGUCGCGUUGGUUCACACUCCUCCUCCUCCUAACGCCUUCAUUGGCUCUCGACAACAAUUUCGACUUCUACCCCGAGGGCGCGCAGAAAUGUCUCUCCCAAGCCGCCGACGACGCCUCGUGCACUGGCGCUGACAGCAAGGAGCUGAAUUACUGUCUCUGCGGUCUUGGCAACUACAACAAUGACUUCAUCCUUGGUUCUGCUGCGUGCAUCGGCAAGCAGUCGCCCGGCGAUGUGGACGAGACGUACGAUACCAUGAACACCGCGUGCUCCAAUUCGCAGACGCCGAUGAAGGUCACCAAGAAGGAGUUUGAGGAGGCGGCGGAGAAGGGUGCGAGUGCGAGUACGACUACUGGUGCGGCUACCUCUUCGACUUCUUCCGCGACGGCGACCGAUUCGGCGAGUACGACGAAAGACACAGCUGCUGCUGCCACUACGACGAGCCCUGAGAACAACGAGGAGGAUACGGGCUUGUCAACGGGCGCCACAGCGGGAGUAGCCGUUGGCGCAGCAGUUGGUGGUGCAGCGGUUGUAGGUCUCCUCGUGUGGUUCUGGAUGCAGCGCCGCAGGAAGAACGCUGAAGAAUCGCACCCCAUGCUGCCCAACUACGAGAACCGCGACGGUUCGCCGUACCAACCUACAGAACCGAAACCAGCGUGGUCAGCAGCGGGUUCGCCGCAGCAAGCAAUGGGAACACCGGAUCCCAAUGCUGAGUUCUACAAGCCUCCUGGGCCGGUGGAGCUACCGCCUGAGCCAGCGCCUGUUUAUGAGAUGGAUGGUACAGGUACAGCGGUUGAGAUGGAUUCUACGCCUGUUGAUCCGCGGGCAAAUAAUAGAUCACGUUUGAGUUCUUCGCACUCGUCAAUAUCAUCGGGAUGGAGGGAUUAA